AUGGGAAGUAAGGCGACUGUCCAAGAUCUGGCGAAUUCGGAGUAUGGGCUCACAGGCUCAGGUCGCCAAAAGCCAAAAGCCCCUCCACCCCAGCCUUCGGAGUCGAAGAUUGUUCGACUGAAGCUCACAAAACCAAGGCCACCCAAGCCUAAUCCCCAAGAAGUGGACUGGGAUGAAGAUCUUCGUCCUACACCUAAUGAGAUACUUGAGAAAGAAGGGACAUAUGGAGGAACCUUCGUUGCUGAUACCGACCCGAAAAGACUGAAGACAGUUGACAGAAACAAAGGUAGCAAGCGAACAAUGCCAUCAAAGCCACAGAUAACCUCGGCAAAACGCAGAAAAUCGAACACAAGGAAGAGUACUACUACCAACGAGCGCAGCACAGGAGGGCCACAAUUGCCAUUGAUAACGCUUGCUGCAAGCACUUUGCGUCCCGCAGCCCCUCUGGGUAACAGUGAGCCUGCUGAGAAAGGUCCAGUGGAAGAUCAAAGCAAAGAUUAUGCCACGAAGCGCAAUGGACAAGGGCCCGAAGCUUCCCACCAACCUUCACUACCGACGGAUGACCACAGCAAGCAUGGAGAUAACAGCAAGAGGGGUGUGAUCGUCGAUACAAAAAGCUGCACAUCGGUAACAACCGAUUCAUCAUCGGAUUUCGAAGAUUGUGGCAAAGGGCCGUCUCAUACUUCGAAAGUCAGCAUCCUAGAGCAUCGGGCACAGCCCAAUAGAGAAACAAACAAAGGCAUACCUGGUCGGGUGAUGCCUGAGGUAUCCUCCAGUUCCGAAAUCGACCUCAAAGGACCGUCUCGUACGACUCCUUCCAAGGUCACCAUCCUGGAGUCAAGGGCACUUCCAAAGAGACGCAGCAGCCAGAUCAAGAUAGUUCAUGAAAAAUUUCAUCCCAAACAUCGUGGUAGGGCAGAGAGCGUUGGAAACAAGCUUAUUCUUGCGCUCCACGGAGUAGAGCCUUCUCAGCAUGAACCAUCCAAUGAUAAAACCGCACCUCUCACUAUUUCAUCCGAUCCAGUGCAACCUGAGGAAUCUCCCAAAGAUCGGCAGUCCGACCAAGUACCGACUGGAGUGUUGUUGAACCCCCCAGAUAUUGACAGCGUGCUGGAUGGAAUAAUUCUACUUGAAACGCACCAAGACCAAACCGAGCCCAAGACCGUCAAUGCGUCAUUGAUAACGAAAACCCUUCCGCCCAAUGAAGACCAGAUAGAACAGGCAGAUGAUGCAAGCUUCUGGAAGCUUCUCGGUGAAGACAGGUUGUCGACUCCAGCAGGCUCUUCAGAACUUGAAACAGGCAGAGGUUUGCUGGGUGACGGCCCUUCAAUCCUUGAUUAUCACAUGGAAAUGGAACAUAUCCCCGGGUUUGCAACCUUGCAACCCAUGAGAUCUGAGCCGACCAUCUCUUCACGCGCCACUAACAUCUGCGAAAGCCAGGCAGAUAGCUCAUCCGAGCCUUCAAAUGUAGGAAAAUUGAAUGAUUUCACAGCAGGACGGAUUGAGGGACAUGGGUCUGGCCAUACCCCUGAGUCUCAAAAGCCCCUUCUCCGCCAUCAAUCCCACGUGGAACUGAAUUCGGCAUCUCCCGUACCCCCAAAAGCAGUUCCCAAGACCAGCAUUGUCGACAGCAACGGUAGUCCUCGACUCAUGCCUCAGUUAGCCAAGAGCAUGUUUGUGACUCAGUUUAACCUGGAUGGCGAAAAAAGUCCCGAAGAGACAACCAGUGUCGCUGACACCAGUCCAAGUGAACACGACCGAGAUUUAUACAGUAUAUCCACCGAGAGUAAGUAUGAGGGGCUCAUGUGGACCAAGUUCCAGAGAGACAUGUUCCUGGAAUACGGGAUCCAAAUGGAAAAACUGGAGAGAUCUCACUCAUGGCCGCCACCUGAAAAGGACAACCCAUCAUUUUCUCAGGAGGGUACUGCUGAUAGGACCAAAAUUGAGAAACCAUCGACAGUUGGACCAAGUUCUUCACAGAGAACGCUCGACGAGAGAGCAUUAGGUGAUGCUCCUUCAAAGAAUCAUGGGGACCUUGACCAGUCAUUCCGAACAGAAAUAUCGGCAUCAACACAGCCAGCUGCUAAGUCGCACCAAUCCUUUACGGUGGGCGAUCCCGACGAUUUGGAAUGGAUAUCAACUUUGCAAGUGGCGCAGAAGGACGCACACCACCUGCUUCAACAAACAAAUUCGCAUUUGUCCACCCAGCUGGCGGCGGAAAAGGCCACCAUCAGUCGAGUCCUGGAGAUCUACCGAGAGGGGUGUAGUCGAAUUCUCGAUGAUCUGUUCCAGGCACAAGAAGCAAGAAUGCAGCUGUACCAGCAGCAAGUUCAAUCCGUCAAGGAACAACAUGCAGACAUAUGUCAAGAUCUGUUCUUCAUUGAUAACCCUAAUGUGGGCAACCACAGUCAUUUGGAAGAUUCUCGCAUUCUCGGCUACAACCCUCUCACCCCGCCCAAUCUCCUCCAGCAUGAAAUCGCAUUGACUGAGAAGUCACGACAGACCGUCCUCAAUGGACGCAAUGAAGCCGUCGAGAUUGUCCAUGGCACAGAUACCAAGCGUCAGCGUCUGAUGGUAGUCAUCGGACCAUGCUCCAUCCACGACCCAGAAAUGGCCCUUGAAUACUGCGAUCGCCUACUGAAGAUGAAGGAGAAGUACACCGACGAGCUGCUGAUCGUGAUGCGCUCGUACCUCGAGAAGCCCCGAACAACCGUCGGCUGGAAGGGCCUGAUCAACGACCCCGAUAUCGACAACAGCUUCCAGAUCAACAAGGGUCUCCGCAUAUCGCGCCAGCUGUUCGUCGACCUGACCAACAAGGGCAUGCCCAUCGCCAGUGAAAUGCUCGACACAAUCUCCCCCCAGUUCUUGGCCGACUGUCUGUCCAUCGGUGCUGUCGGUGCACGCACCACCGAGUCCCAGGUCCACCGUGAGCUUUCCUCCGGUCUUUCUUUCCCUGUCGGAUUCAAGAACGGCACCGACGGCUCGCUCGAUGUCGCCAUUGAUGCUAUCGGCUCUGUCAAGCACCCCCACCACUUCCUGUCGGUCACAAAGCCCGGUGUUGUCUCUAUCGUCGGAACCGUCGGUAACCCUGAUUGCUUCGUUAUCCUUCGCGGUGGAAAGAGGGGCCCCAACUACGAUGCGGCUAGCAUCGCGGAUGCCAAGUCGAAGCUUAUUGCCAAGGGCAUGCGUCCCCGUCUUAUGGUUGACUGCAGCCACGGUAACUCCGAGAAGAACCACAAGAACCAGCCCAAGGUCGCCGCUGUGCUUGCUGAACAGCUCGCUGCUGGCGAGGAUGCUAUUAUGGGUGUUAUGAUUGAGAGUAACAUCAAUGAAGGCAACCAGAAGGUCCCCGCAGAGGGCAAGGCCGGUCUCAAGUACGGUGUCAGCAUCACGGAUGCUUGCAUCAACUGGGAAGACACCGAGUCAGUGCUGGAGACUCUGGCUCAAGGUGUUCGCGCUCGUCGCGAGAAAUCGGAAACCAAAUAA